AAUCUGCUUAUCGCUGUCUCGUUCCCACUGUUCAGGCUUGGACGGAGCGCUGCUGCGAAGCAACGACAAUGUCUGAGCAGGAGUCCCUGAGGUGCUCCAGUGCUAGAAAUCGAGGAGGCGUACAACGUGUCGAAGGAAAACUUCGUGCCAGUGUAGAAAAAGGAGAUUAUUAUGAAGCACAUCAGAUGUACAGGACUCUUUUCUUUAGGUACAUGUCACAGGCAAAACAUGCAGAGGCCAGGGAGCUGAUGUAUAAUGGUGCUCUACUCUUCUUCAGCUACAAUCAGCAAAACAGUGCAGCAGAUUUGUCAAUGCUGGUACUGGAGGUGUUGGAGAAAUCUGAAGCAAAAGUUGAAGAUGAAAUACUAGAAAACCUGGCCAAGCUGUUCAGCCUGAUGGAUCAGAACUCUCCAGAGAGAGUAGCAUUUGUGUCCAGAGCACUGAAGUGGUCUACAGGGGGGUCCAGCAAGUUGGGUCACCCCAAACUACACCAGCUGCUGGCUGUCACCUUGUGGAAAGAGCAAAACUACAGUGAGUCUCGUUACCACUUCUUGCAUUCGUCUGAUGGCGAGGGGUGUGCCCAGAUGCUGGUGGAGUAUUCAGCGUCACGAGGCUUCCGCAGCGAGGUCGACAUGUUUGUGGCGCAGGCCGUCCUACAGUUCCUCUGCUUAAAGAACAAAAACAGCGCUUCCGUGGUGUUCAGCACAUACACAGAGAAACACCCGUCCAUAGAGAAAGGCCCUCCCUUCGUCCAGCCUCUACUAAACUUUAUCUGGUUUCUGCUGCUGGCAGUGGAUGGGGGCAAAUUAACAGUUUUUACAGUGUUAUGUGAGCAAUAUCAACCUUCCCUGAAGAGAGACCCCAUGUAUAAUGAAUAUCUUGACAGAAUAGGACAGCUCUUCUUUGGUGUUCCACCUAAACAGUCCCCAUCGUACGGUGGACUGCUAGGAAACCUGCUGAACAGCCUGAUGGGGUCUGGGGAGGAUGACGACGUGGGGGAGGAAGCCCAGGAGGACAGCAGCCCCAUAGAGCUGGACUGAACCCACACCUGAGGACGAGGAAAAACAUACAAAAAAGAGGAACACCAUGCCGCCUCCCUGCUUCACCUCCAUAACUUGGUGGCACGAGGCCCCGGCUCGUGUUUUCAGAGGCGUGCUGUUUUCACAAAACUCCCUCAUCAUCCCACCCACCCGGUCCGAAAUCAGAACAAGUAUCAGGCCAAAAUAUCCUACUCAGCACUGCCUGGACUAUCUGCGCCAAACUGCGAAUCCCAUGUCGAAUUAUCCUAAGAUUCUGUCAUUUCAUUGUACUCAUUGUUUUGUUGGCUGGGGACUCUGUUUAGGAGGUAUGGAUUUUAACCAAGUGAUAACAAACUGUCCUCUUUCAGGAGUCGCCCAGUGGAGAUAAAAGCACCAUAAGUGAAACCCCUCUUUGUGAUGUUGUUCAUUACAUCAGUGUGAGAGGGUUUCUGUUAACUCACUACAAUAAACCUUCUAUUGUUUGGCAGAGAGCCACAUGGGCUUGAUUGAAACCACAGCGAACCUGGUGUUUUUUUUUUUCUCCCUUGUUGAAAGUCUGUUCUUUCUUUAGUAAAUUAAAUCUGUAGGAGAGGCCACUUGUUUUCUCAUCUUCAGAGCUCUUCGUAAGUUAUUAUCAAACGUCGUCUUGCACUUUGUAUAUCUACUAAACAAAACCCUUUCUAUUCAGUUUCUCCAAGGAUCAGAGUGGCAGUGACAAUUCAGUGAAUAAGCGUAUACAUAUAAAUAUCAGUGUCCGCUGAAAAGGUCCCACUUCUCACCUCACAACCAAGCUGCUGCUGCUGAGCUUGUUUGCAUUUUCCAGAGGAAGCUUUUUUUCCCCUCAUACAGUUAGGAGAAAUGAUCUAAAAAUCCAGCAGCGGGGUCUUGAAAGCACUUACUUUGUGUGUUGCUGCUACAUGAUGCCUGGCUACUUGUCGCUGUGAAAAAGAAAAAAAAACGUCACCUUUGUGGUUCAGAGUGAUGCGGGGAAUGUUUUUGGACGCUGAAAACACGUCUGUUGGAGUGAAAUCGACUUUGCAUGUGAUGGAAAGGCAUUUCAUCUUCUGUCCUUUGUUUUCCAUUUUAAUUUCUGUUGGACAGAUUCUCUUGGAGGUGAAUCAAACAUCAGCACAUAAAUAAGAAGUGUGAUUUUACUGCAGUGGCUGCUUUUUUUCCAGUGUUAAAUUCCUUGAUCCCCCAGACAACACACAUGCUCUGAUGUUCUGUGAACCUUCUGCUUUCAGCGUGUCCUUGUAGUGACAUUCAGUCAGUCUGCUGUUUAAGGAUUUUACAAAAUAUAAGCCCUAACUGUGCUUCAGAUAAUCUCAAGGGGUUAAACUUUCCACUCCAUUCUAGAACACUAGGAAAGUCCAAAAGUCUUCCAAUGUAGAGUAAUUGUUAUGAACUUUUUAUGUGAUGAUCCUUGUGGGACUGUGGCACCAUGAAUGGCUAAUAUUGAAUAAAGAACUCUGAACUGAACAAUCAUGAAUCAAUACAGACAAAAUGAGAACAUGUACGAUAAUUUACUGGUUCAGUGUCAAUUCAGAAGCUAAUUACAGUUUGCAGAGAAUAUUCAUAAUAUGUUUUUAUUGGGUUAAAUUGUUUUCAUUCACCGUUGAUCUGCCAUAUUAUGCUGCCAUGUUUCUAGAGUAGCUCAAACUUGUAUCAUUAUCUGAACUAGAAACUCUGUCACUGUCCAAUAAUUUACUUUGCCUUAUUAGAUAACAGCAGCUAACAUUAGCAAGUGAGCUAAGUUUAGGUCAUGUCAGCUAGUGAGCUAACAGUAGCUAGCUGUGUCAGCUAAAUGUGACAAUAGAAAUACUGGUGUCAGAAGUAAGAUUUUGGCAUAUGUGGAACAAGACAAGUUUCUGUUAAGGAUCAGGUAGUGAAACUAAAUCUUUUUUUUUUUUUCCAUUCUGUAUCUUGAAAAUAACUUAGUGACUGAGCUAACCCACUGUAGCCAUAAAUUACAACAUCGCUACAUUACAACAGGCUAGCUCAAAGCAGACUCUUGUUUAUUCCAUUUUAUACCAGAUAGUAUGAAACAUUUAAGUGAACUAUGAAUGUGGACUAGAAUCUUAACGAAAAAGCUUAUUAAACAAGCAAUGACUAGCAAGGGGUUUAGCAUGUCCGGAGAGGGUGUGGCUUGGGUUAGGUGCUGUUUUCAUUUUUACCAAUAGAUACCACUAAAUCUCACACACACCAAACCUUAAUGAAUAUUUUUUAAAAUAUACGCAAGGUAUAGAGAAAGUGUUGUGUUCCAUUUGACACACCAGUCAACUGCUACAUGUAGAAAUAUUAUUUCCAUCUGUUGUGUGAUAGAUUGUUACAAGUCUCAUUUGUUUAAUAUUUGCCAUUUUUGUGUUCCAUAAUGGACUUGGUUUCAAACUUGUAGUGCCACUGGAUGGAUAGAUUAGUGUUGAGUGUAAAUCUCUAUGCUCUGCUGUGAUCGUCUCUGUCUAAACGUUGGUGUCGAGGAUACAAAGUAACAGACCAAGUGGUGUAGCAUCAUCAGAUAUAUAUAUGUAUGCUGAUGACGCUGUACUUUUUAACAGAACCCAAACUACAGAAUCCAAAUUCAACCAACAUUUUAAAGAAUGUGUGUCUUAAUUUUUAGCAGUAUUGUCAUAUGUCCCCCGAUGCUCUCUGAUGAAUUCACAGGUCUCUCUGUUACACCAUUCAAGGCUACACUUUAAAGAGAAGUUCAGGCAAAAUUGAUUUUAAGGUCCUUUACCGAAUGUUUUCCAAAGAUGUUGCAGUUAUGUCACACAUUGCACAAACAUACAUGCUCUGUUACUCAUUUAGUUACAUUUUAUUUACAUGGUGAGAAAUAAAUGAAAAGCCUUGUUUUGCUAACCUGAAAGUCAGUUUUGCUAGAAUUCACCUUUAAUUAAAAGUAAAAUAAGUGUGUGUGACCAAAGGCCUGUAUGUCAGCGAAUAUCACUGCAGCUGCUUUCCUUUCUGAUCUUUUUUUCCCUCUGAGAAUUAAAGGGGACUGUUUGCCUUUGCAAUGAUUCACUAAAUAAGUAAAUAAAGAACUGAGAAGAGUUUGAGAAUGUCUUGAAA